UUCCUUUCUCAGCCGAUUGUCCUGUGGGGGGAUAUUUUGGUCCACUCGUCUCCCUCCUGAAAUCUCAUUCUUAAACCACUCCUCUGACAGGCAGCAGGCACCUUCACUCAACUGACCAAAAUAGCCCAAUGGGCUGCUCUUCGCUAGUGUGCUGUCAUGAAGCCCACUCCCCACCCAAUGCCAGGUCCUGCUCUGGCUAAGGGAAGAGGACACUGACACAGACACAUAUAUACACCGGAGCUCAGAAGAGUACUAGAACAGCCACUUGUGUUCACACACUAUACACCUUGCUGAGAAUAACUGGACUAAGAGACUAUUUAUCACACAGAUUGUGAGGAGUUACGUAAUUUCAGUGCCUACUUCAUGUGGGAAGGAGGAGAGACUGUUUAACAAGAAGUAAACAGCUGAGAAAGUUGCACUCUUAAGAUUGUCAUCAUGAAGUUACAUGUGGCACUAUUUUUUGCUGGGCUCUUUGGUGCCUUGGCAACUCUGUUCAUUCUCUUGUCUUUUGGCACGGACUAUUGGCUCUUGGCAUCAGAGACCUGCAAUUCACAUUCAAAUGGUCCGGUUGCUUUGCAGCGAGGUGAUGUCAUGGUCAACCAAGUUAGCGAAGACCAGAACAUUACCUUUCAUCACGAGGGCUUCUUUUGGCGCUGUAGCUUUAAUGACAUCACGAAUGAUGACGAUCUGUGGAAAUUCUGGUUUGAAAAUCAGCCACAUGCAAGGGAAUGCAAACCUGCAUAUCUUCUCCCCUUUCCGUUCCCUGACCAGAUCUACAACACUACCAGCUAUCAGACUGCCAUAAUCUACAGAGGUUUCUGGAGCAUCUCUAUGUUGCUGGGUGUGGCCGCUGUGGUGGCCGGCGGUUUCAUUAUUAUUUGCGCAGCUCCAUUCGGCAGUCAUCGCCUUUAUAAAGCAGGAGGUGGACUCUACCUCAUUUCUGGUUUCUUCCUUCUCGUUGUCACUGUGAUGUAUGUUUUCUGGUUAGAUGUUUUGGAUGUUAUAAGCUCGUAUAAGGAAUAUCAGAAGUCGAAUAAGUGCCCUGAUUUUGAGCUCAGUAUGACUUAUGGCCUCUCUUUCAUGUUUGCUCCUGUGGGCGUGUUCUUCUGUCUUCUGUCUGGUCUUCUCUUCCUAGUGAUUGGCCGUACAGUCAAACAUCAUUAUAACUGAACCUCAUGAAUGGUUUCAAAACACAGCUCAAAAUGCAUUAAAGGGAUUGUUCACUCCAAAAUGAAACUUUUGUCAUUGAUU